AUGGCGACGCCGUCGCCGCCAAAGCCGUGGGAAAGAGGCCGCGCUGCCUCAUCGUCGGGUACGUUUUGGAUCGCCCAGCGCUCGACCGCGGCUCGGACUCGACUGACGUUUAUGACACANGCCUUGACUUCCUCCGCUGCCAUACCCACAUCGACCACGGCCGCGACCCCUUCAUCAGUAAACACUGCCGGCACCGCCGCGACACCCGCUCUACCAUCGCGACCCGAGUCGCUCAACUCUGUCGUUGAUCGCACCGCUUCCAACUUCGCCGGCGCCCAGCCCUAUCAAUCCUCGCCCUACGGCUACGGUGGUGGCGCCAUGACUUCGCCAUACUCGCGCUACGGAUCUGGUUANUGGCGGAGGCAUGUACGGAGGCGGCAUGUAUGGAGGAGGAGGCAUGUACGGUGCAAGUCCUUAUGGCGGUAUGGGAGGCAUGGGGGCAUGUACGGCAAUGGCUACGGUGGCAUGGGAGGGCCCAUGGGCGGUCCCAAUGGCCAGAGCUUGACACAGACUUUCAGUCAGAGUACACAAACCACCUUCCAGCUCAUCGAGAGCAUUGUUGGUGCCUUUGGUGGCUUUGCCCAGAUGCUCGAGAGCACAUAUAUGGCCACCCACUCGAGUUUCUUUGCCGAACAGUUUGGUAACCUACGGCAAACCCUAGGCCAGGUCCUAGGCAUCUUCACCAUUAUCCGAUGGAUACGCACAGCCAUGGCGAAACUGACCGGACGCCCGCUCCCAGCAAACAGUACCGACCUCACUCCCGCCAACUUCGCAAGUUUUAAUGGUCGUCUCCCUGACGGCUCUCCCGCUCCUCCCCGCGCCAGCAAGAAGCCUUUCGUCAUGUUCAUCGUCGCAGUCUUCGGUCUGCCCUACCUCAUGGGCAAGCUUAUCCGCGCUCUGGCCCGCAGCCAAGAAGAGGAAGAGCAGCGUCGUCUACAAGCUGAAGGCCCCCAACAACCUCUCGAUCCCUCCAAACUCGACUUCUGCCGUGUCCUAUACGACUUCAACCCCGAAGCCAACGCAAACGCCGUGCAGGGCGUUGACCUCGCAGUGGCCAAGGGCGAUCUUGUCGCUGUCUUGAGCAAGACAGANCCCCUCGGCAAUCCCUCAGAGUGGUGGCAAUGCCGUGCCCGCGAUGGUCGCAAGGGAUACCUCCCUGCUCCCUAUCUCGAAACCAUUCAGCGUCGUCCCCAAGGCCAAAUUACCAGCGGAACCAGCCCUACCGGCAGCCGCGCACAAACAAUGACAACCACCAGCGCCGACAGCCGGUCAAACACCAUGGUAGACAGAGAAAAGGAACUCAUCAAGGCCGCUCCCAGAGACCUGCCUCCGAACGUGCAAGGUAAAGCUGGCGACCUAAGCGUCGAGAGCUUCCAGAAGGGUCAAUUUUACUCAUGA